UCAGCCAAGCCCUAUUAAACAUAUAAAGUGUAGCACGCGCCACACGAUAGCAUUCCGCGAUUCUGAAUUGAAAGAGAACGUAGUGUCGAGUGGUAUAGAAAAGUAGCACCAACGAUCCACCAACGUGCGGCGCGCAACGUUAAAUAAACCUCAGAAACAUGCAACUACAAAAACUGCUGUUGACCUUCAGCAUCAUCUUCGCGCUGAUCAUCGCCCACCACAGCCAGAUAACAGAGGCCAAACGUCUGAUAUUUUACAAUCGCGUCCCCAAAGUUCAGAAGGGCCAGCUGCUCGUCACACAUCCCCUCAGCAAGCCCUGUCCUCAGGGUAAGAUGCGCGAUCAUCGGGGACGUUGUCGGCGGGCCAUCAUCUUUGUGCGCGACUAG